AGACACAUUUCCGCUCCAUUUCACAUGACUACAAAGUGACAAAAGAUAUUGUUCACUGAUUUUCAGUACCUCUUUUUGCGGCGAGCAGACGAGUCGGGAUGAAGCUGGCUGUGUUCUCCGUCCUGCUGGUGCUGCUGGCGGCACUGGUUGGGUUUCCGAUGUCCGGCGCAUCAUCAACGGACCGUGACAGACACAAGCACGACAAGCGCAUGCCACGACAAAGGAGACACCGAAGCGAAAAGCCGAACAUUGUCAUCAUUUUGACUGAUGACCAAGAUCUCCUGCUAGGAUCACUGAAAGUAAUGCCGAAGCUCCGUCGCCUGUUGAUUGACGAGGGUGUCACUAUGAACAGCUCGUUCGUGACCACCCCUAUGUGCUGCCCCUCGCGCAGCUCCAUCCUGACGGGCAUGUACCCCCACAACCACCACGUGUACACCAACAAUGACAACUGCUCUUCCAUUAUGUGGCGCAAUGUUCACGAGCCGCAUAUCUUUGCUAACUAUCUCAGCGAUCAAGGCUAUCGGACAGGCUAUUUCGGCAAGUACUUGAACGAAUAUGACGGCUCGUACAUCCCACCUGGCUGGAACGAGUGGGUGGGGCUGAUCCGCAAUUCGCGCUUCUACAACUACACCGUCAACUUCAAUGGCAUGAAGAUCAAGCAUGGCGACAACUACUACAGGGACUACCUGACGGACCUCAUCGCCAACGACAGCGUCACGUUCCUCAAACAGAGCAAACAGUACUACCCGAGCCAGCCUGUGUUAAUGGUUCUGAGCACCCCAGCACCCCAUGGACCUGAAGAUGCUGCACCCCAGUAUCAGCAUAUGUUUGUCAACAAUACGGACCACCAUACGCCAUCUUGGAACCACGCUCCGAAUCCUGACAAACAGUGGUUGCUACAGGUGACGGACCCCAUGGCUCCACUACACAAGAAAUUCACCAACCUCCUACAGAGGCGGAGGCUACAGACGUUACAGUCUGUCGACGAUCUUAUUGAAAAGGUGUACAAUGAGCUGAAGUCUCUUGGAGAGCUAGAUAACACCUAUAUAAUCUACACGUCGGACCACGGCUACCACCUGGGUCAGUACGGGCUGGUGAAGGGCAAGGCCAUGCCGUACGAGUUUGACGUGCACGUGCCGCUAAUACUACGCGGGCCGGGAAUACAGCCCAAAAGUUUACUGAACAACAUCGUGAUCAACGUCGACUUGGCACCCACGAUUCUCGACAUCGCCGGAGUUGACAUCCCACCCCACAUGGACGGGCGAUCCAUACUUAAGGUCAUCAAGGGGGCCAAGGAUCCAGCAAAUGUUGAUGAACAGCACUUUGUGAAGACGAAAAAAACUUUGAGAGAUACUGUUCUCUUGGAGAGAGGGAAAGUGACGCCCAAACAGAUGAAAGUACAGAUGCGCAAGGAGAAAGACAUGUUCUGGGAAACAGGCGGCAUGAACUGGUUCAUCCCCAAGUUGGUGCGGAAACGCGCCGAGUGUGAGAAAUCAGAAUUUCAACUACCCUGUAAGCCUAGUCAGAAAUGGUUCUGCACCAUGCAGAGUGGGGGGCGGUACAAGAAACAGAAAUGUCGCGAGAAGGUGAACCACAGACUAACCCAGCAAGAUGAGGUGCCCGACUGUUCCUGUGUCGGACAUGGGAAGAAAAUCAACCGACAGGAAAGAAAGAAGCAGCGGAAAUUCAUCCGUAGUCAUGUGAAAAAACCUGAUUUUAAUCCGAAGUUUCUUCGUAGCCGUCGAUCUAUAAGUCCCCUGGGAUACGACAAUACGAACACUAUAGACUUGAAGAUGUCGUCACCUAAUAUUGGUUUUGGAGGAUUUGACCAGCUGUUUAACCGGCGCUGCCGCGUGCUGCCGAACAGCACCAUAUCAUGUGACCAGCAACUGUACAAAGACCCGUAUGCGUGGAAGGAUCACAAGGAGCGUCUCGACGAAAUGAUUGUCGAAUACAGGAAAGUCCUCGAAGACCUGCGGUUCAUCAGACGACAUCUGAAGAACAAGAAACCGAAUGAUGCGUUGGAGAUAGAUCUGGGCUACGGUUUCGGGAUCGACAACAACGAGGGCAAGGACUGCAACUGUGAACAGAACUCUGUAAUCAGGUACCGGAAGCACAGCAUGAUCAAGCCAGCGAAGGUGGAAAGGAUGCGGAAACGAGUGAAGCGGAAAAGGAAGAAAAUGCGGAAAAAAGGUCGCGGAUCGACAUGCAACGCCCCCAGCAUGAAGUGUUUCACACACAGUGACGACCAUUGGCGCACGCCCCCGCUCUGGAAAGAUGGACCGUUCUGUUUCUGUCCGAACGCGAACAACAACACGUACUGGUGCCUUCGAACUGUCAACCAGACCCACAACUUCCUGUACUGCGAGUUCAUCACAGGAUUCAUCAACUACUACAACAUGAAUAAAGACCCGUAUCAGCUCCGCAAUGACAUCCAGAGUCUGAACUACGGCGUCCUCCAGCAGCUACACGAGACUCUGGCGUACAUGAAGGCGUGUAAGGGAAGUCGUAGCUGUUCUCUCGGACAAUUGCACAACAGGAAAUUGUCUGACUCGGGGAAAAAGAAAGAAAGUCGUAAAACGGAACACAUCGUUGAGGAGGAGAUUCUGGAUGACGACAACGUUGGACAAACAACGAUAUAACGGAGGCGAAACAUGGUGCUGUUAACUCCCCCCCCCUCCCGGGGGGCUUGUGGCGGAGAAGAUAGGUUUUUGUUUUACCCACAUCGAAACGUGGUUAUGUUAACUUGACCCAAGGUUCACAAUGGAGAAGCUAAAUUUUUGUUUUAUCCACUUGGAAAAUUUGGUGUAUUUUCUCGAAACAAUAAAAAGUGGGUAAUUUUGUGAAAUAUAAAUCCGCUGUUAUAUGGCCUGUCUGUAGAAGUGGAAUGGAUGACUAAACAGGCUUCGAGUUGGACAAGCCGAGUUUUGCAUUUAGCUUUUGGUGCUGAACUGUAUCUGAUGUUUGAGAAUCGUCAGAAAAAUACGUACUUACACACCAAAAAAAGAAGAGAGAAAACGUUUUAUGAAUUGAUGGUGCUUUCAAAAAAAAAUUGUUAGUGUAAGAAACAAAAGUACAGAAGAAAAAUUGUUUUCAAUGUUUUGUUGCUAUAUAUAUAUAUAUUUAAUUUUUUUUUAAACUGCUUUUAAUAUGGUUUAAAAAGUUUUAUGAAUUGAUGGUGCUUUCAGAAUGUGUUUUUUUAUAAUUGUGGGGAACAAAUUAAAAAAAAAUGUUUGUUUUUUAAUUUCACAACAACACCUUUUUUUUAUGGAUGAAAAUGUUUUAUGUUGGAAUCAAACAAACAAUUGAAAAGUUUUAUAUGUGAUUUUUGCUACUUAAAACACCCCACCUUUUAAUAUGGAUGAGAUUUUUUUUAAUGAAUUGGUGCUUUAAAAACUGGUAUUUUUUUUUAUUAGUCUGAAAUAACAAGAAAUCUAAUAUUUUGUCAGUCAAUUGAUAUACAUGUACAUAAAUGUUUAGUUUUAGUCUGAACUGAUGCUAUUUUAUUUAUAUGCUAUGUAUUAAAUAGGUUGCAGAUUUAUUAGGAAACCGUGCUUCCCUAAAUCAAAAACUUUGUAUCAGAAAGUUAAGAUAAUGAUGUGAUAAUGAUGUAAUCUGUUUAUAUGCUGUUUAAACGAAUUACAAUUUUAAUAUUCCUGAGUUAUUUCUACAAAGAUUAUGCGAGGGAUCGAUGAAUUAUUUCUUUUCAACAUUACCUGUCCGCAAACAAGUAUACUCCCCUCUCCCCUAUUGGUAGUAGUCUGGUCCGAACAUCCCAAAAGCCAAUGGGAUGGCCUAAAUUCUUCUACUGUAUGCUCCCUCUAGUUUCUAGUUCUAGAACCAAACAGCAAAGGAAAAAAGAAAAAAGUUACAGUCACGUGACCGGAACUAGAGGGAGCAUACAGUAGAAGAAUUUAGGCCAUCCCAUUGGCUGAUGGGAUGUUCGGACCAGACUACUAGCCGUAGGGGGGAGUGCACUUGUUUGAGGACAGGUAAUGUAUCCAUAAAAGAGAAAACACCUCAAGUUUUCUCCUAUUUGUAGUUAUUUAUCACAAAUAAACGUGAAAAUAAUGAAAUGUGGCACUUGCAACCAUGACAUAGUUAUGAUAGUACCUUUAAAUGUGUCAUAAAUGUAGAUAUAGUACCUUUAAAUGUGUCAUAAAUGUAGAUAGAGUACCUUUAAAUGUAUACAGUGGGUAGGCGUUUUUUUACCUGAUUGUCUAUUAUCUCCAUGGUUAAAUCAAAUGUGUUUGACAGAGUUUCAGGACUCGAUCAUUCUGUAAUGUUUUUUGAGGGCUGUGUAUACUUAUCAUUUUGAACCCUGACACUUUGAUCUCGACUUUUUAUGUUUUGUUUGUAAUAUUUGAUGUUGAUGGCAUUAAACUGAUGAAACACA